AUGGAGCGCGACUUUUUGGCCAGUACGAUUGGCUGGGACAAGACAACGGCGGCGGCUUGUGGAUUUCCAAGUUUUUGGUGGAGCCAGUACGAAACCUGCACUGAUCAAAGCGUAUCUCGGUUACUUGUGACUCUCCUUGAAGACGAGGCGCAGUGUUCGGCAACCCCUUUUGUGGUCAAGGUUUUGCAAGAAGCCACGGGCUUUUCAAACCUUGAAAUAGUUGUUGUGGAUACGGAAGAAAUCGCCAGCUUCUUUACUCGAGAUUCAGGAAGGCAACACGGAAGUGCUGCGGUCAAAGUACAGGACUCUAACUCCAGGCCGCUUUCGAGAUUGCGUUUCUUCCGCUUUUCCUGCGACUAUUCAGGGAGGGAUUCCUCCACUGCUCCAGUGUCAACGCCUCGUCUCGUCAUUGACAGCUGGCAAAGCCUGCCGGAUGGUCCACAGCUGUGCACAGUGAGAACUACAACGGAGGAGGUGCGCAAUGCGAAAGAACACUGGAGUAGUAUUGAAGAAUUCUUGCACUUUGUUGUUGGAUAUCACCAACAAGAAAGCGUUUCGCGUACGAGUAGUACGCUGCUUGUGAUUCACAGUGUAACAGGUGUCCAACGGCUCGUCGAUGACGACACGACGUCAGUUAUCUCCUUUUUGGACUGGGUCAGAAGGGAAUCGAAUGAGAUUCCUGUUCCCUCGCUUGCGAUCCUUUUGGCGGUUCAUAAAGAUAUGGAAAAGAGGGCUAAUCUCGUGCAACUACGAAGUCGAGCGGAUCGGAUAUUCUGCGUUGAGAGAUUUGCAUCCGGCCAUUCUCGUCAUGCCACAGGGAUUUUAAAAAUAUUGAAACCAACAGAUGAAGCAGAAGGUGACCGGAAGUAUCUAUUUAAGCACGAAAAGCAUGAUAUAGUCUUCCAUGAAAUCUAG